GCAGCAAAACUAUCAAUUUGUAAAGCCACUGGAUACUUACAUUUAAUAUUGUAAUACUUUAGUGUUGUUUAUAGGAAGUGGAGUUACAAAUAAAACGUAUGGCGUUCGACCACAAAUUGAAAAGGGGAAAACUUUAUAUAUUUGACAUAUUUCACAUUUUGCCUCGUUGUUAUUAAGUAAAAUAUAAUAUCCCCAAACCAGACUUCUCUUGCGUUCGGACUGGGCCGCCACCGUGGCCAUGCUUGUUUGUGUUUGUUUGGAUUGGAACGGGGGGCGGAGGAGGAGGGCUUGGCUUGUGAGAAAAGGGGGCGGGAGCAGAGCAGAGCAGGACACGCCGGUGCAGCAGGCGGAAGGAAAAGUAGUGCUAGCAUGAGUGCAAGUCGUCAAAUUGGAGCAGAAAAAAAAUGAGGAAAAAUAUUAUUAAAUAAUUGUAAGUAUCGAUAUUUUAGCUAGGAAGAUCGAUACUCAAAAAUGAGCAGCCUGGAUCGAUAUAUCGAUAUUUCGGUAUCGAUCCGCCCAUCCCUAUUAUGGAGUCUGCUACCACAAGCCGUGAAGCUGACCGGCCGGCGGCGGCCUCGUCGACUAAUAAUACCGAGUUGACAGCAAGUGUGCGGUUUUGCCUCACUAGUACUGUCAUGCUCUCCUGCCAACAUGCCAAAGUCUUCCCACCAAUGAGGACAAAAAGCAUCUCAUAGUCUGACGACAAUUUCCUUCCCUGUGUUUUUUUCUCUUGGUAUGGCGCCGUGAGUGGCUGCCUCCCAGCAGUGUUCUCUCUUUUCCUCUUUAUUUCCUUAUUUUCUCCUUUUUCUUUCUGUCUUUUUGUCCAUUCGGCGAUGCUGGUGCCUUCUACCGCACCUCGGUACCUCUUCGGAUCGGAUAUUUUAUUUUAUUUAUUUUUUCUUCCUGGGACCGGACCGGGAUCAUCGGUCGAGGCCGGCGUAACUCUACGACGGCUUCCUGCUUAUCCGACCAGUGAUGACCGGGUCCCUCGCAUUGGCCUUGCAGCCGCAACACCUGUGGGGAGUCCGCUCCCUCGUGCUCGUCGGAACCGACGACUUUCGCCAUGCUAGCCCCGUGGUGGCCAUCUGCACGUCCCCCGACAGGGUGCCCGGGACGCUGCUCACACGUUCGCCUGCUUUGUGAUGUUUUCACCGAUUCACCACCACGGUCCAUUGGGCGCCGUUGAACUGGACUGCCCUUACACCUGUCGAUGGACCCCGUGGAGGCUAUUUUGUGUGUUUUGGGGUGUUCUCUUGUAUUGAGGGGUGCUAGGUGGCCGCUGUUGCUUUUUUUUUCCUUUGUCUUUUAGCUUUGAUUUGCUUUGAUGGCUUUUAUCUUGUGCACUUUCUGACUUUCUUUGUGGCGCCGUUGUGUGGCAGCCUUGUGAGAGCCUAUUGAGUUGCGCUCAUGCCAUCUGUGUGUUUUUUGUAUACCCACUCUGUGGUAUGGAUACUGCUGGGGCCUGAAUUUCCCCACCCCUGGGGAUCAAUAAAUAUUCAAUCAAUCAAUCAAACCAGUGGCAAGAAGAAGGAUGGGGACCUGGCGGCGGCCAUGUCGCGGGCAGGGGCGCUGGAAAGUCAGCUGAACCAGAGUGCGGCUGCGCUGUCCACGGCGCUCAGCCAGAACGCCGCGCUCUCCGCCGACCUGCUUGAAGUCAAGAAUCUUCUGGCUAAGGCAGAGGACAGCCACGCCAUCGCCAAGCGGCAGCUGGAGGCAGAAACCUUGCGGCGUGUGGACUUGGAAAACCGCUGCCAGACUCUCAACGAGGAUCUGGAGUUCAGGAAGACCGUUUAUCAGGAGGAAGUUCGCGAAUCUCGCUGCAGCCAAGAGCAGAGAAUUGUUGAGGUGGACUCAGGAUCCAAGCAGGACUAUGAGUUCAAACUUGCACAAGCUUUACAGGACCUGCGCGAGCAGCACGAUGAGCUAGUGUCUCAGUACAAGGGCGAACUGGAGCAGACCUUCCAGGCCAAGCUGGACAACGCCAAGGUGUCGUCUGCAAUGAACGACAAGGCCAUGUGCACAGCCCGAGAGGAGGUGCAGGAGUCUCGAACGAGAAUUGAAACUCUGAGCUAUCAGCUGAGCGCCCUGCAGAAACAAGCAGCCGCCGCCGCCGAGGAUCGUGUCCGGGAGCUGGAGGACAUCUUGGCAUCGGAGCGGGACAAGUACCGGCGCGUCAUGGAGGUCAAUGAGGACGAGAUGAACGACCUGCGCGAGCGCAUGAACGCGCAGCUCUCUGAGUACCAGGAGCUGCUGGACGUCAAGCUCACAGUAGACAUGGAGAUCAAUGCCUACAGGAAGCUCCUGGAUGGCGAGGAGCACAGGCUCAAGCUGUCUCCCAGCCCAUCUUCGCGCGUCACCAUCUCCAGGGUGACAGGCUCAUCCUCGUCCCGCACCUCCAAACGAAGGAGGACAGACCUGGAGUCGGGCGACCACAAGCGUGGCGAGGAGCUGCUGCUGGCGUCUGAGGAGGAUGCGGCGAGCGGCGGCGUCUCCAUCUCGCCCACCGACAUGAACGGCAACAAGGUCACGCUGGCCAACGACACGGAGCAGGACCAGCCGUUGGGGAACUGGAGACUGAAGAGACAAGUGGACGACGCUGUCGAGAUCGUCUACAAGUUCUCACCAGAGUUUGUUCUCAAGGCCGGACAGACUGUCACGGUGGGGUUUGCACAUGCUGACGUGGCCCAACGUCUGCCCACUGAUCUCCUGUGGAAAAGCCAAGCUUCCGGGGGCACAGGAAGUGACAUUACCACCACCUUGGUGAACUCUGACGGCGAGGAAGUGGCCAGACGCAGUGUCAGCAAGAAGGUGGAGAAUGGAGAAGAAGAACAGGAGGACGACGACGACGCGGAGCCAAUUGCGCACAAGAAGGAGAAGCAAGACCUGCAGCACCUCAACGACCGGCUGGCCGUCCACAUCGAGCGGGUACGCUCCCUGGAGCUGGAGAACGACCGGCUGCUGGUGAAAGUGUCCGAGAAAGAGGAGGUCACCACCAGGGAGGUGCGCGGCCUGAAGCAUCUGUAUGAGACCGAGUUGGCAGACACUCGUCAGGUUCUGGACGAAACCGCAAAGCAGCACGCUCGGCUACAGAUCGAUCUGGGCAAAGCUCAGGCGGAGUUGGAAGAGGCCACACGCAGUGGCAAGAAGAAGGAUGGGGACCUGGCGGCGGCCAUGUCGCGGGCAGGGGCGCUGGAAAGUCAGCUGAACCAGAGUGCGGCUGCGCUGUCCACGGCGCUCAGCCAGAACGCCGCGCUCUCCGCCGACCUGCUUGAAGUCAAGAAUCUUCUGGCUAAGGCAGAGGACAGCUACGCCAUCGCCAAGCGGCAGCUGGAGGCAGAAACCUUGCGGCGUGUGGACUUGGAAAACCGCUGCCAGACUCUCAACGAGGAUCUGGAGUUCAGGAAGACCGUUUAUCAGGAGGAAGUUCGCGAAUCUCGCUGCAGCCAAGAGCAGAGAAUUGUUGAGGUGGACUCAGGAUCCAAGCAGGACUAUGAGUUCAAACUUGCACAAGCUUUACAGGACCUGCGCGAGCAGCACGAUGAGCUAGUGUCUCAGUACAAGGGCGAACUGGAGCAGACCUUCCAGGCCAAGCUGGACAACGCCAAGGUGUCGUCUGCAAUGAACGACAAGGCCAUGUGCACAGCCCGAGAGGAGGUGCAGGAGUCUCGAACGAGAAUUGAAACUCUGAGCUAUCAGCUGAGCGCCCUGCAGAAACAAGCAGCCGCCGCCGAGGAUCGUGUCCGGGAGCUGGAGGACAUCUUGGCAUCGGAGCGGGACAAGUACCGGCGCGUCAUGGAGGUCAAUGAGGACGAGAUGAACGACCUGCGCGAGCGCAUGAACGCGCAGCUCUCUGAGUACCAGGAGCUGCUGCGGCACUAGGGCUCAAGCUGUCUCCCAGCCCAUCUUCGCGCGUCACCAUCUCCAGGGUGACAGGCUCAUCCUCGUCCCGCACCUCCAAACGAAGGAGGACAGACCUGGAGUCGGGCGACCACAAGCGUGGCGAGGAGCUGCUGCUGGCG